CCAAGCACAACUAUGGAGCCUUGACAAUCCCAAUACGCAUAAACCACACUUCUAGCAGGGCCUUAAGCUAUUGUUCUCCGUUUUCUAAUGGCCGGUCCAAUCUCUCUCCCUCUCUACGAAAAGUUGCCCCAGAAGAAUACAGUCCAGAGAGUGUUGGACGUCACCAUUUUCGUCCUUCUCCUCACUCUCCUUGCUUAUCGUAUCCUCUCCCUCAAAAGCAAUGGCUUCAGUUGGUUCUUCGCAUUACUCUGUGAAUCAUGGUUCACCUUUGUCUGGGUUGUUAUACUCAGCUCCAAAUGGAAUCCAGUGGUGUACCGCACAUAUCCAGAACGCCUUUUAUUUUGGAUUGAUGAGCUUCCUCCAGUCGACAUGUUUGUGACAACUGCAGAUCCCACUCUAGAACCGCCUAUCAUCACUGUUAACACAGUCCUCUCCUUGCUAGCAGUUGACUAUCCAGCUAACAAGCUUGCUUGCUAUGUAUCUGAUGAUGGCUGUUCACCUCUCACCUUUUAUGCUCUCCUCGAAGCAUCAAAGUUUGCUAAGCUUUGGGUUCCCUUUUGUAAGAAGUAUGGUAUUCACACAAGAGCUCCCUUUAGAUACUUUUACGAUGAGGAGGAAUCACCCCAUGAUAAUUCAACAGAGUUCAUCCGAGAAUACACAAAGAUGAAGGAUGAAUAUGAAGUGCUCAGAAGGAAAAUUGAAGAUGCAACCGAAAAGUCCAUACCAUGUGAUCUUAGUUCUGAAGAGUUUGUUGCUUUCUCAGAUAUAGAAAGGAGAAAUCAUCCCAGUAUCAUCAAGGUUAUAUUGGAGAACAAGGAGGGCCUCGUGGAUGGAUUGCCACAUCUAAUCUAUGUAUCCAGAGAGAAGUGCCCAAAGCAUCCGCACCAUUACAAAGCUGGGGCACUGAAUGUUCUGACUAGAGUUUCAGGAGCAAUGACAAAUGCUCCUUUCAUCUUGAAUGUAGACUGUGAUAUGUACGCCAACAAUUCACAGAUUGUUUUUCAUGCAAUGUGUUUGCUCCUUGGUUGUAAGAAAGGACAAGACUUUGCAUUUGCUCAAUCUCCACAAAUCUUCUAUGAUGGUUUAAAGGAUGACCCACUCGGAAAUCAACUAGUAUCUACGCAGAAAUAUAUCGGUGAAGGAAUAUCAGGGCUUCAAGGACCUUACUAUUCUGGUACUGGAUGUUUUCAUCGGAGAAAAGUUCUCUAUGGGUUAUGGCCAGAUGGCUGCAUGGAAACCGGAGGAAGAAGUCCUAAUUGUGUGGCUGGCAAAUUAACUGAUGAGGGAUUACGACAAUCUUUUGGACAUUCAAGGGAAUUCUCUAAAACGGUUGAAAGGAUUUUAUCAGGGUUGAGUGGGAAGGCCGAUUGUCCAUAUGAUCUUUCAAGUUCUGCAGAGGCAGCAAACCAAGUUGCAGAUUGUGGCUACGAGUGUGGCACUAGUUGGGGUACAAAGAUUGGUUGGAUAUAUGGAUCCACUAGCGAAGACGUUCUUACAGGACUGAGGAUUCAUGCAAGAGGUUGGAGAUCUGCCGAGUGCAAGCCUGAUCCACCUGCAUUUCUCGGCUGUGCUCCCUCAGGAGGACCUGCUUCAUUGACCCAACAAAAGAGAUGGGUCACAGGCCUCCUCGAGAUCCUGUUCAGCAAGAAUAAUCCAUUCAUUGCUACCCUCACUGCCAAGCUCCAAUUCCGCCAAUGCCUCGCAUACAUGUACAUUCUUUCAUGGGGUCUACGGUGGAUUCCUGAGCUUUGCUAUACUGCUUUGCCAGCAUAUUGCAUCAUCGCCAAUUCACAUUUCUUGCCCAAGGUUGAGGAACCAGCCUUCUUGAUACUAGCAGCUCUCUUUGCCAUUUACAACCUUCACUCUCUACUUGAAUACUGUAGAAUUGGGCUCUCAAUCCGAACAUGGUGGAACAACCAAAGGAUGGGAAGAAUAAUCACCAUGACUGCAUGGUUUUUUGGAUUUUUAAAUGUCAUACUGAAGCUCUUGGGCUUGUUCGAGGCUGUCUUUGAGGUUACACAAAAGAACCAAUCUAGUGCCCCUGGCGAUGACAACCACAAGGAUGCUGGUCGAUUCACAUUCAAUGAGUCCCCAAUUUUUGUUCCAGCCACUACUCUUGUGUUGGUGCACCUGGUGGCAAUGGUUAAAGCCCUGUUAAACCUAACUCAUGGAAGGCAUGAAUCAAGGAUAGGAGAGGUGAUAUGUAAUGUGUGGGUGUUGUUAUGCUUCUUACCUUUUCUGAAAGGGCUGUUCAAGAAAGGAAAAUACGGCAUACCCUCAUCCACCAUAUGCAAAUCAGCAGCUUUAGCAGCAGUUUUUGUGCAUUUGUGCAAAAGCGUCUCAAUAGCUUGAGAUAAUGGAUAGAAUACCUUGAGAUGUCUUUGCUAUUUUCAUGUUUUUCAGUACUUCAUAUGAAUAAAAUGGAUUUAAUUUUACAUCAGAGAA